UUUAGACCAAAUCAACAACCAACUGUGAAAGAUGUCGGGGACUGUAAGAGUUUUUGCCCUGAUCAUAGCCGCUUGUCGGGUCCUGCUCAUCGAUGCAUCAUUUCAACCUGCACUUGUCUUGGAUAUGGCUAAAAUUUUGCUCGAAAACUACUGCUUCCCAGAGAAUCUAGUUGGCAUGCAGGAGGCGAUCCAACAAGCUAUAAGCAGCGGAGAGAUCCUACACAUCUCUGAUCGGAAAACACUGGCAGCUGUGCUGACGGCCGGCGUUCAAGGUGCACUCAAUGACCCCAGACUGACCGUGUCUUACGAGCCUAAUUAUGUCCCGAUCACGCCACCUGCACUUCAGUCUCUGCCCACGGAACAGCUGAUACGGCUAAUCAGGAAUACUGUUAAACUGGAGGUGAUGGAUAACAACGUCGGUUACUUGAGGAUUGACCGUAUUAUAGGUCAGGAGACUGUGGAAAAACUGGGACGCCUCCUUCACGACAACAUCUGGAAGAAGGUUGCGCAUACAUCAGCGAUGAUCUUUGAUCUGCGUUUCAGCACAGCAGGAGAGAUCUCCGGUGUGCCAUACAUCAUUUCGUUUUUUUCCGACUCGGAACCGCUUUUGCACAUUGACACCAUUUAUGAACGACCCACCAAUACUACAAAGGAGCUAUGGACAAUGUCGAAUCUCCUGGGUGAACGAUAUGGGAAAAGAAAAGAGCUGAUCGUUUUAAUCAGCAAGCGCACCACGGGCGCGGCAGAAGCUCUUGCCUACAUCUUAAAACAUCUAAAAAGAGCCGUCAUUGUUGGAGAAAGGUCGGCCGGUGGGUCGAUUAAGGUUGAGAAGUUCAAAGUUGGUGACUCUGGGUUUUAUAUUACGGUCCCUGUUGCUAGAUCUGUGAACCCUGUGACGGGACAAAGUUGGGAGGUGACCGGAGUGUCGCCAUCCGUCAGCGUCAACCCAAAAGAAGGGAUCGCCAAAGCCAAAUCCCUCAUCGCCAUCAGGAAAUCAAUACCGAAAGCGGUUAAAAGAGUGUCAGAUAUUAUUAAACAAUUUUAUGUGUUUAAAGAUAAAAUCCCAGCUUUGCUAAACCAUCUUGGUAAAACUGACUUCUCCACAGUGGUUUCUGAAGAGGACUUGGCAGCAAAACUUAACUAUGAGCUGCAGUUUGUCUUCGAAGACCCUCGUUUAAAUAUCAAGACAUUGCAAGGAUCGUCCAACAAGGAGGAAGAACUGGAUGCAACACCCACAACCCACUCAAUUGAUGUUAAUCUUAAUGAUCCAUUAUUCAAGUUGGAAAUUCUGUCAGGAAACAUUGGAUAUUUGCGUUUUGACAGAUUCCCUACAUCUACAAUUUUGAUUGAACUAGAGGAUCGAAUCAUAGAGACGGUCUGGCGACCUGUCAAAGACACAGAGAACCUAAUUAUUGAUCUGCGCUACAACACCGGCGGAUCCACCGAGGCCUUGCCGAUUCUGCUUUCCUACAUGUUUGACUUCUCAUCAGAUACCCACCUCUUUUCAAUCUACGACAGCAUUCGAAACACGACCGUUGAUUUUCACACCCUCCGUAACAUCAGUGGGCCUUCGUAUGGUUCCAGAAAGGGUGUUUAUGUUUUGACAAGCUACUACACAGCUGAAGCCGGAGAAGAGUUUGCUUACUUGAUGCAGUCCUUGCACCGAGGCACUGUUGUAGGGGAAAUCACUUCUGGAAUGCUUCUUCACUCCAAAACUUUUCAAGUUGAAGAAACAAGUCUUGGAAUUACCAUCCCAGUCAUAAAUUUCAUCGACAUACAUGGGGAAUGCUGGCUUGGAGGCGGUGUAGUUCCUGACGCCAUCGUCCUUGCCGAAGAGGCAUUCGAGCGAGCUCAUGAAAUCAUUGUGUUUCACAAGGACAUUCCAGCUUUGGUGCAAGAAGCUGGAGAUCUUUUGAAAACACACUAUAUUGUGCCUGAGGUUGCAGAUAAAGUCAGUAGACUGUUACAGUCUAAACUAAAAGAAGGUUUUUAUCGCUCAGUCGUUGACUUUGAAUCUCUCGCAUCUCAACUCACCGCAGAUCUCCAAGAGAUUUCGGGUGAUCACAGACUGCACAUUUUCAACUGUGAAACUGAACCAGAAUCCCUUCGUAACCUUCCCAAAAUCCCUUCUCCUGAAGAGGUGGGGUUCAUAAUCGAUGCCCUAUUUAAAGUAGACGUACUGUCUGGAAAUAUUGGCUAUUUGAGAUUCGACAGGAUGGAAGACGUAAAGAUUCUGCGAGCGAUUGGUCCCCAGCUCGUCAAAGUUGUAUGGAACAAGUUAGUGAGCACAGACGUGCUCAUAAUCGACCUGAGAUAUAACACGGGCGGCUAUUCCACAGCUAUUCCUUUACUGUGCACCUAUUUCUUUGACCCGCAACCCUUAAAACACCUUUACACCAUUUUUGACCGCUCCAAAACGAAUGCGACAAAGGUUACGACCCUUCCAGAAGUGCUAGGACAGAGGUACGGCUCUCAGAAAGACAUAUAUAUCCUGACAAGUCACAUAACUGGAUCAGCCGCUGAGGCGUUUGCUAGAACAAUGAAAGACCUGAAAAGAGCCACUGUUAUCGGAGAGCCCACAAUCGGAGGUGCCCUCUCAAGUGGAACGUACCAAAUUGGGAAUAACAUCCUGUAUGCUUCCAUUCCCAACCAGGCAGUUUUGAGUGCAGUUACUGGGAAAGCAUGGAGUAUCACCGGAGUGGCACCAGAUGUCGAAGUUGCUGCAGAAGACGCCCUUGACGCUGCAAUUGCAAUCAUUAAACUUCGUGCUGAAAUCCCAGGGUUGGUUCAGGCGGCCGCCGCGCUGGUUGCAGACAACUAUGCAUUUCCAAGCAUUGGGAAAGACGUCGCUGAGAAGCUGGGAGCUGCUGCGGCUAGUCGGGAAUACAGCCUGAUCUCCACAAAGGAAGAACUGAGAGCAAAGCUCUCUGCUGACCUCCUAAAACUGUCAGGAGACAAGUGCCUGAAAGCCACCAGGAAUGUCCCUACACUUCCUCCACAGAAUCUCCCACCCGAGAUGUUCAUCGAGCUCAUCAAAGUUUCAUUCCACACUGACAUAUUUGAAAACAACAUUGGUUAUCUUCGCUUUGACAUGUUUGGAGAUUUUGAACAUGCUGCUAAGAUCAUUGCCGAGUACGUCUGGAACAAAGUCGUUGACACUGAUGCGCUGAUCAUUGAUCUGAGGAACAAUGUUGGUGGGUCCACCGCCUCCAUUGCUGGCUUUUCCUCAUACUUCUUUGACGAUGACAAGCAGAUUAUGCUAGACAACGUAUACGACAGACCCUCCAAUACCACAACAGAUCUUCUGACCCGUUUACAACUUACAGGCAGGAGAUACGGCAGCAAAAAGAGUGUGAUAGUCCUCACCAGUGGCACGACCACAGGUGCCGCUGAGGAGUUUGUUUUUAUCAUGAAGAGGCUGGGACGUGCAAUGAUUAUCGGCGAGACAACCCGUGGAGGUUGUCACCCCCCAGAGAACUUCCGUGUGGGCGAAAGCAGCAUCUUCCUGUCUAUUCCUAUCAGACAUUCAGACACUGCUCAUGGUCCUUCCUGGGAGGGUGCUGGCAUCGCCCCUCACCUUCCAGUGCCCGCUGACGCUGCCCUCGACACAGCAAAAGGCAUCUUCAAUAAGCAUCUUUCUGACCAAAAAUAAGUUGUUCUUCUGGGCCUGUUAUGGAAGCCAAAUGAUAUUGCAAAGUAGUUCUUUAGAAGGAUGACAUACUGUGAAGAUGCUGUCAUAAUCUGUGUAGAUCUUUAAGGUAA